AUGAUGGGCAAUGUGACCUACUCCUGGUCCUUUACCUUUGUGUUGCAAGGCAUCCCGGGGCUGGAGGCGUACCACAUGUGGUUCUCAGUGGCAGUCUGCACUGGCUAUGUGAUCAUCGUUGCUGGGAACUCUAUCAUUUUACUAGUCAUAGUAUCCGAACCACUCCUCCACAGGCCCAUGUACUACUUCCUCUGCAUGCUGUCUACUAUUGACUUAGCAGCCACCACCUCUACGUUGCCCAAGAUGCUUUCCAUCUUCUGGUUCCAGGCUAGGGAGAUCCAGUUUAAUACCUGUUUGGCCCAGAUGUUCUUCAUCCAUGCUUUGUGUAUAAUGGAGUCAGCAGUGCUGCUGUCCAUGGCUGUAGAUCGAUACGUGGCCAUCUGCUUCCCUCUCAGAUACAAUUCUUUCUUCACUGGGUCCCUAGUUGCUAAGAUGGAGAUAGCAGCUGUUGUCAGGGGAACCCUGUUGAUGUGCCCCUGUUUUUUCCUCAUCAAAAGACUCUCCUUCUGUCGGACAAAUGUUAUCCAUCAUACUUAUUGUGAGCACAUGGCUGUGGUGAGGUUGGCCUGUGGAGACACCAGGUUCAAUAGUGCUUAUGGGCUAAGUGUGGCCUUGCUUGUCAUUGGAGGGGACCUUCUGUGCAUUGGCCUCUCCUACGUCUUCAUUGUCCGUGCAGUGCUACGGCUUUCCUCCAGUGAGGCCAGGUUCAAGGCCUUUGGCACUUGUGGUUCCCACCUCUGUGUCCUCACAAUAUUUUACACCCCAGCACUCUUCUCCUUUCUUACCUACCGUUUUGGCCACAACGUGGCUCCCCAUGUUCAUAUCCUGCUGGCUAACCUUUACCUUCUCGUUCCUCCUAUGUUGAAUCCCAUUGUCUAUGGAGUGAGAACCAAGGAGAUUCGGGAACAGGUCAUUAGAGUGUUCCUCCCAAACAAGGUCAUUGUCAAACCCAGAUCUGUCUGA